AUGUCAACGGCUCUCGGAUUGGCCAUUUCUUUAAAGCACAUGAUUAAGAAUACUGAAAGUAUUGAGGGAUUAUUUGAAUCCUCUAAUACACCCGCUCAACACUACCUCUCUCCAUUAUUUGAAAUUUUCAGAAAUAGAUCAGUUGUAACGAAUUUGAUUUUAUCCAACUUGAUGAUUCUGGUUAUAAUGAUUGGGGGAUUCAAAACAUUCAUUUGGAUACUCAUCUUUAUUGCAAUUGCCAUAGUAACUGGAACCUCUGGAGGCUCUGGUAGCGUUGAUUCCCUCGAUCGUAGAAUGCUCAUCUUUGUUCUUGUGAUCUUUGCUUGCAUUUCCAUUUCUGCAUUAGCUAAACUGGUAAUUUAUAUCAGAGUCCUCGGCAUUAAAUAA